GAAGAAGAUGGGUGCCAAACAUAGUUGACAUUUCAUUGUUAAGAGAGAACGACUUGGAGUUUUGCGGAAAUUCUGUUUCUGAUUAUAUCAAAUUUUAUUUGUCAAAGUAAUACGCAAAGCAUGCCACACGACCAUAAAAAAGAACGGAAGACCUUCUUGGCCCCGUUGUCACCAUGCCCAAUUCCCGACAUCAGCGAUGACGAGUUGAUUUCGAUAUCUGUACGGGAUUUGAAUCGAACGCUGAAGCUGCGAGGGCUCACACGAGAUGAAAUCGUACGCAUGAAACAACGGCGUAGGACACUGAAAAACCGAGGAUAUGCGGCCAGUUGUCGCAUAAAACGGAUCGAACAGAAGGACGUGCUAGAAACGGAGAAGUCUCAGGAAUGGGUUGAUCUAGAACAAAUUCAGGACGAGAACGACUCAAUCCAUGGCGAAAUCGAAUCAUGGAGGAGUAAAUAUGAAGCGCUCAAGAAAUUCGCAACUGCGAAUAAAAUUCCAUUGCCGCCUGAAUUGGAGACGUGCUAGUUUCGAACAUUUUAGAUAAUUCCUUAUUGGGUUACUAACUGUAAGUUGAAUAGUGUAGGUGAAAAUCUUGAAGUAAUUCUCACAUUUUUACACCUAAGUAGAUCUAAAUAAAAUUAAUUAUGGGAAA